AUGAACCAUCCAGCCCCACAGAUCGAAGGAUGUUCCAUUUCUGACUUCAACUCCUCAUAUAUUGAUAUCACCUCCCACCAUAACAUAUCUGAUGCUACCUACUAUAGGGCCUGCAUCCUUGCCCUUACUGGAAAGGACACCGAGGAGAAUAUUCAGUACUCCAUCGAACCAACCCGCAACAAAUUUCAGGCACCCAGGGAGGUCUCCGUCGUCAGGGAUUAUGAUAGUUUCCUCUCCUUCACUGACUGGUUACCUGUCAAGUCCAAUCUUUUUCUCUACCCACUCAACAACCCUGUCGAAACUCUGCACUCCAGCAUCCAUAUCAAUGUUCCCAUGAGUACCCAUAGCAGACAGGCAGAUAGACCUAUGAGGCCUCAUCGUGUGCCCAAUAUCUGUUUGGGUGCAGUUGGCAUCCGCACAAAAGUGCGAUUGUUCUUCCCUCGGUUAUAUGACCCUGAUAGGAAGGAUGUUGAACUCACAUUUGAAGAGAAGAAGGGCCUGUAUGAAAAGGGUUUGAUGCCUGUCCUACAUGGACUCAGUCCUGACACCGUCACCAACUGGCCUGUCAACUAUGAGAGCGCCCUCACCCGUGCCAAAAAGACUCGUGGAAUGUAUCAGUAUGGCACUCGUCCAUUCCCCGGCAAUCGUGUUAGGCGCUUCGGCCAUGAUCUAGCUCGAGCGUUGGGUACUGCAUUCCCUUGGGCAAAAGGGAUGUUGUUCAUGGUCCAGGUGCAGGGUGUCAAAGAGGCCAACCAACAUUGUCCAGGAGACAUUGAUGAGGCCGAGGAUGCUUUAAUGAAGACCCUCAGUGACUUUCAUUAUGAUGAUCUGACAGGUGAAGAACAUUGUUAUGUUGAUGUUGGCCUCGAGAUGUCUGAGCCUGGAUAUGCUUAUCAGUGGCGCACGGAUGCCCAUCGUCAACUCCUCUCGACUUUCACAGACAUGACUCAUGCACAAACAAGCAUGUUAAUUGAGUCACGCGAUUUCCAGAUUGAUUAUGCAUCAGGGUUAAUGCACCUGUCUGGUUGUCGCACACCAGUGCCUGUACGCAACGACGAGGACCCGGUCUAUUUUCAGGCAUUCUACCCAUGA